CCGGCGUGCAGUUUGUACCGGCGCGGUUUGUAGUUAGGCUGAGUUCCGGUGCCGGACGACUUUUGGUACAAGUGGUUUGUGCAGACACAGUAGCCGCAUAGGAAAGAUGGGAGAAGAAUCCAAUGAUGAUAAGAAGCCAACGACUAAAUUUGAACUGGAGCGAGAAACAGAACUUCGCUUUGAGGUGGAGGCAUCUCAGUCAGUUCAAUUGGAGUUGUUGGUGGGCAUGGCAGAGAUCUUUGGCACGGAGCUGACCCGAAACAAGAAAUUUACUUUUGAUGCUGGUGCCAAGGUGGCAGUUUUCACUUGGCAUGGCUGUUCUCUGCAGUUGAGUGGUCGCACGGAGGUGGCGUAUGUCUCUAAGGACACUCCUAUGUUGCUUUACCUCAACACUCACACAGCCUUGGAGCAGAUGCGGAGGCAGGCGGAAAAGGAAGAGGAACGAGGCCCACGAGUGAUGGUGGUGGGCCCCACCGAUGUGGGCAAGUCUACAGUUUGCCGCCUGCUGCUCAACUAUGCAGUGCGUCUGGGGCGUCGCCCUACUUAUGUGGAGCUGGAUGUAGGCCAGGGCUCUGUGUCCAUCCCUGGUACCAUGGGGGCCCUUUACAUUGAGCGGCCAGCAGAUGUUGAAGAAGGUUUCUCCAUCCAGGCCCCUCUGGUCUAUCAUUUUGGCUCCACCACUCCUGGCACCAACAUCAAGCUUUAUAACAAGAUUACAUCACGCUUAGCAGAUGUGUUCAACCAAAGGUGUGAAGUGAACCGAAGGGCAUCUGUGAGUGGCUGUGUCAUUAAUACCUGUGGCUGGGUCAAGGGCUCUGGUUACCAGGCCUUGGUGCAUGCAGCUUCAGCUUUUGAAGUGGAUGUGGUUGUGGUUCUGGAUCAAGAACGACUGUACAAUGAACUGAAACGGGACCUGCCUCACUUCGUACGCACCGUACUGCUCCCUAAGUCUGGGGGUGUGGUAGAGCGCUCCAAGGACUUCAGGCGGGAAUGUAGGGAUGAACGUAUCCGCGAGUAUUUCUACGGAUUCCGGGGCUGUUUUUAUCCUCAUGCCUUUAAUGUCAAAUUUUCAGAUGUGAAAAUUUAUAAAGUGGGGGCACCCACCAUCCCAGACUCCUGUUUACCUUUAGGCAUGUCUCAGGAAGACAAUCAGCUCAAGCUGGUACCUGUUACACCUGGCCGAGAUAUGGUGCACCAUCUACUGAGUGUUAGCACUGCUGAGGGCACAGAAGAGAACCUUUCUGAGACAAGUGUGGCUGGCUUCAUUGUGGUGACCAGUGUGGAUCUGGAGCAUCAGGUGUUUACUGUCCUGUCUCCAGCCCCCCGCCCACUGCCAAAGAACUUCCUCCUUAUCAUGGAUAUCCGAUUCAUGGAUCUCAAGUAGAAAUCAGCACAAAGCCUUGUAUUCCAGGGCAUAGAGAUCUUCUAGCCAUCACCAAGAGCAGAUGGACUGAGAUGAUGAUGAUCUGAGAGACCAGCUGACUAGAAAACUGGAUUCACUUACUAUUUUCUUAGAUCACUUAGGUUGUUACUUUGAACACUGGAGAUCUCCAUUUUUUUCUCUGCUACCAUAUGGAUAUAUAUAUAUUUUUUAUCAUUUUAUAACCUACAUAUAGGACUUGCUGAUUCAUUUAUCCAGGAUGAAAGUGAAUUAAAUGGACUCCCUCCAAUAAAUUUGCAACUUAAAAAUA